CUUCUCUCUAUUAUUUGUCUUUCAUUGUGCACACAUACAAACUAAUGGGAAUCAAUUCUCACUGAACACAAAGCCAUUUAUUUGAAGGAAAACCCACACUUGAUAAAUUAUUUAAAGCAAUUGGGAUUACAAUAUGUUAUCAAAUCAGAGCAAACAAAGGCUUCUCUCUCUCUCUCUCUGCGUUCUCUGUGCUGUUGGCACGAGAGGAGUUGUGUACUAGCCAGUCUUCAGAGCCAGGGAGAGUCUGAUGCUAAAUAAAGAGAGAUUCCCCGCAAACUGCUUACGAUUCCAGAAUAAUUGGUAAGUUCCACGUAGACGUACAUAGACGCUGUUAUUCAAAUACAGUCUUUGUUGGCCUUGUUUACAGGAAUGUUAUUGGGUCAUUGACUGAGUGGACUGUUCCUUUCCUUUGGCUUUUCUUACUUUUCUUGCUUUCUCUCACUUUCUUUUUCUCUCUCCUUCUGUUGUUCGAUUCCCUACUUAUGAAUGCACUUUCUUUCACAAUACAUUUUUUUCUCCAGUCUCAGGCAGUGUUCCUGAAGUUACUUGUUGUUGCAUGCAGAGUCAGUCUACUGGAGUCCUUUUUUUUGUUCAAUGAUGAAGCGGGAAAGAUUGUAGAGAAAUAAUGAUAAGAAAAUGUUGAUUUGAACUCAAUUUGGUUUGAUUUAUGAUUCUGUAAUGCAAUCGUAAUUCAGUUUAAUACAACUAAUAUGUGUAAAAAAAAAAAAAAAAAACAUUAUUCACAAACAAACCAUUAUGAAUGUGUCUCCAAAACUUUAAGCAGCUGGCGCUUUAAUAUUUGUUUUUGUUGUGUGCGUUUAAGACAUUUUUAAAUGUUUAAUUCAUUUACACGGAAGAACAUCUAAUCAAUAAUAAUACAAAUAGUUGUUAAAAAAAAGUAAUUGUAGUGAAAAGUUAUAGCAUUUUACAGUUGGCCAUUUUAAUCAGUUUACAUAUAAAUACUACAACUUGUAGCCUCUACUAUAAAAAAUAACGACACAUGUAAGUACACAUAUAUAUUUUAUUCAUACCUUUAACCUGUUCCACAAAACGUAAAAACGUAUGUGUUUGCUAACAUUAUCACAACAUGAAGUACAUGCACACACCCCUGCACAACGGCACACUAGUAGAUAACUUGUGGUGUACAGAGAGCAUGUAUCUAAGAUGAGGAGUGUGUUGAGAGAGAGGUGGGUGGUUGAGCGGGUAAAAGAACAGUUCACAUUUCUCCCCUUCUCCUCCUCCUCCUCCUCUCCAGCUGGAGCCAAUAUGAUACUGACGUGGUUAAUUGUGGGCUGGUAAAGAUGAAGGAAGGAGGAGGGUGCAUAAUGUCACCCAUCCUGUCAUCAUCCUUAAACCCAAACCAUGCCACCCUCGGCAGCAGCUACAGCACAGGUGGGCACACCUCCGCGGUGGCAGGGCAUGGUAGUUGGUGGGCGGGCAAGCGGGUCACACGGGGCACAUGGGGCUCGGGUGGAAGCCAGGCAGGAAGUGAAAAGUGAAAGCCGCAGGGUGAAGGAGUAGCGGGGGCGUACGGUGUCGGCCAUGUUGUGUCAGACAGAGUGAGAGAGAGAGAGAGAGAGAGAGAGACGAGGGGAAAUUACGCUCAGGCAGUCAGGAAGUCACCUCACACAUCUCAUGGGACUGGCACAGACACAGUCCCAAUUACGCUAACCCCACAAACAAAGGAAGAAGUUCUGCCACAUCGGGGACAGAUAGAUCUCACCCCUUUCCUUUCCCUCCCCAUCCGUGCCUGCCCAGCACCAACCCAGCGAGACACCAACCCCCCACAAUCCUGCCAUCAGAUAAGAGGCACUCAAACGCACCGCAGACCCUCUGGAAGCGCAAGGUGUCACUUAUGAAAGCCUCGCUCCCUGCUGAAUAUGCUAACGUGGAUGAAAGGAUGGCAAAACAUGGGGUUCAUACGCAACUCGCUGAUUUCUUCGUCUUUUUCUUCCUCUGCUUCUUGCCUCCGCUCCUCUUUUAUUUCAUUUCAAGUGCAGCUGUCUCCUCGGUGGGCUUCUAGGCCCAAACAGAGCCAUUCCACAAUGGAAGAGGCGUCAAUUCGACGUCUAUUCCACGUUGGUUCCGCGUGAUUUCACUGAAAUCACGUGGAAACGACGUUGAUUCAACCAGUGUGUGCCCAGUGGGCUGUAUCGGCAGAGGAAGAUAUUUCUGACCCAGACGUGGCUCAGCUGUAUUCUACACGUACGCCUCGGCUCAAUCAAACGCACAUUGCUGAAAGCUGUGGCACAUGGACAUUCUUUUUCCAUGUGUCCAACAACGGAAAUACAUUUUUGCUCUCAAGCUAAAUCUGCUGUUUCAGCUUAAUCUCAAUUGGAAAAACUUAAAUGAAUACCAAACAAAUUAGGCUACUCUUACUUGCAUGCUCAACCUUUGCUCUCACAAGAGCCAAGCCAUAAAUGCGUUUCGUGUAAUCAUCACGUUGAGCAUGUCACACAUUCAGAAGUGAAAUUGGAGGCAGGCCUCAACACGUACACUU